UUUUACUUGUUAAUUUAUUGAACUACUCGCGGUGAUACGGUUCCGUUCACUUCCUCGGGUUUUUUCUGGGUUUUCGGUGAGGCGGCUCGGCUCAGCGGGACGUCGCGCCGAGUUUAACCGGCUGUUCGUCAGCGAUGAUGGGCAGAGGUGCAGUCAUGUGGCAGAAGGUUCAGAUUUGCUGCGCGCUGUUUGCACUGUAUUCAGCGGCACCGCCAGCGCACAUCAACCGCCUGGCGCUGUUCCCUGACAAGAGCGCCUGGUGCGAAGCCAAGAACAUCACACAGAUUGUCGGGCACACAGGAUGUCAGCCUCGCUCUAUUCAAAACAGAGCUUGCCUGGGUCAGUGCUUCAGUUACAGCGUCCCGAACACGUUCCCACAGUCGACCGAGUCUCUGGCGCACUGUGACUCCUGCAUGCCUGCCCAGACUCAGUGGGAAGUGGUGACUCUGGAGUGCCCCGGCAGUGAGGAGUCCCCUCGGGUGGACAAGCUGGUGGAGCGGAUCUUCCACUGCAGCUGCCAGUCGUGCAGUAAGGAAGGUGGCCCAGAGGUGAUGCAGCUGUAUCCUGCAGACAACAACCUGGAUUCAGCUCCAGCUUCAUCUGAUUCUCUCAGCGGAGUCCAGUCUUUGCCCCACUCUGAUACACACUCAAACACACACACCCAGCUGCACUCAGACCAUCACACACUACCACACACAUCAGAUGGAGGGUAGGACCGUCACCUGCUUGCUAAAUAAUGUGACUCUGCUCAUCUCUGCCACCCUCUCUCCUCCACGCUGCGUCUUCUGUACCAAUCUGUAGGUUUGUAAAGGCACUUUGAAUAUAAAACUCCACUUUGUGUUAAAAUAAAUUAGGUCACACGUGUGGUCAUGCUAUCUGAAUGCUCUUGAUUCAAAAUGAGCUCACACCAACACUGCAGGCUACGCAUUUGUUUGCUAAUUGUGUAUUUGUGCAUCCAGACAUAAAUAUAUCCUAUUAAUAUAUCGUAGGCCUUUAAUCUGCUUUGAAUGCAAUAAAUUCUGGUUUA